AUGUAUUCGGCUACACUCAUCAUUUGCAGCGUAGCUUUUGCUCACGCCGGUGUCGUGUAUCCGGUUCUGAUUGAAAGCAGAAGCGGCAACUCAAGAGGCGCUGUUCAAAUUUCUAAAGACUACGUCAUAGACUUGGAAGAAUCCAGUGUUUUAGGGGACAGUCUGUAUUUUUCCGAUGCUAAGUAUGGAGAGGUGAAUCACGAAUUGAUGGAUACUACAGACAUACGUAAGAGUGUUUAUGAAAAUUCGGAACACAAGGCGUCCUUUACAAUUACUGAAACAGACAUGGGAAUUGAAAUGGAAGGAUACCUAAACUUUACACAUGGAAUUGAGCCAUUGCGAAAACAUGACAAAUCCGGCCGUGUCCCUCACAGAAUAUUUCCGCUACCGACGCCUGAGAAGGCGAUCCACUUCGAAAUGCCCGUUGAAGAACGUUCUGAUAAAAGUCUACCGCCAAAAAGUGACACUGCAGAGCCACCCACCGUGUGGCGACCUGAAAUGUACGUCAUGUUUGACAGUGUAAUACACAAGUCCCUCAAUGAAAGCAAAUAUCUACAGGCUCGAUACGUCAUAAGGCUAAUGAACAUCGUGCGUAAAUGCAAUCUUCAAGACGGUUCGCAAGCCCCGAAUAAACCUUCAGCUUGUUGGAAUAUACCGGUUUCAG